UGAAAGUUGAAAACUUGAAACCAUGCUUACAAGAUCAUGUGAUUUAUUGCAAAUUUUAGGGUUUGAGCAAAAAGAGGAGACAUGUUAGACGUAACAUUGAAAAGUUGAUGUGCAUGGGAGUAGGCUUUGUAAUUAUAUCCGAAAAUUUGGGGGAAACAGCGAAAUCUCCAACAGCUCAAACGCAGGUUUAAACAUUGCUCUUUCGAGUUGCACCUGGUUCACAAUGAUAUGCAACUUUUCCCGGUUCUCACUCAAAACCCCCGCGAACAUGGAAGUCUUCCAAACAGAGUCCGCUACUGGGCAUAUUGCAGUUUCAGUGAACUAGAAAAAAAAAAAAAAGAAAACGAAAGAAGUAAAUGCGAUACAUGGAUCGGAUAGUUGCAGCAAAUGAGCUCGCUUUCAGAGUUGGAUUUUCUGGUCACAGCGGACACCUCAGACUCGAGCCUCUCCCGCCGAACGAACGGGAGAAUCCUCUUAAAGCUCUCCCUGAUUUCAUUAUCCCUCCAGCAUUCCCACCGGAGACUACUGAAUCUGUAAAGCAGUACCUGGAGGAGAAAUAUCUCUCACCAGAAUUGGAUCCCAAUGAAUUUUCUCCGGAAAAAGAUGGAAGGCAGUGGGAUAUUGAUUGGUUUGAUAAGGCCAAAGUGCAUUUGGAGCCCUCAUUGCCACGGUCUGUGGUGGUUCCCACAUGGGAAUUGCCAUUUAGACGCUCAAGGAAGGGAACUGCUCAAGAAAUAUGGGAACCCAAUUCAGUGCAGGUUGAGGUGUCAGAACUAAUGGAAGGGACUCAAGAUUCUGGGCCUUUGCCACGCAUGCCUGGACCAGCAAAGGAUUUUGUUAGAGGCAGCAUCAACAACCGUCCUUUUCGUCCAGGAGGUUUACAGGAUUCUCAAUAUUCAGAAAGGACACUUCCGGUGGGUGCAUGCAAUGGUGACUGGGUACGUGAAAUUUUAGAUGGUGGUCCUCCACAGGUCAUUCCUCCAAGUUUUAAGAGAGGAUUGGAUCUUGGUGGUCUCAAGGCAUAUUCAUCCUCAUGGAAGAUCACCAUGGACCAAAGUUUAGUCAAGAGCUCAUCAAAUGAAAAGCUGAUGGGGCUGUCUGUACAGUUUGAUGACUUAUUCAAGAAAGCUUGGGUUGGCGAUGUCACUGAAGAAUUAGGUGGAGAUGAUUCUCAGUCAGAAGGUGAAUCAGUUAAGAUGGUAGCUGCAAUAGAAGAGGAGAAACAUUUAUCCAGUAGCAUCCCUGAAACUGAAUCUUCACUAUUAGAUGAGAUACUUUUGGCUGAUCCAGAUGGAUCAGCAUCGAAAUCCAAUGAAGCUAGUGGGACAAGUGGACAACAGCAUAAAGAGGCUUGGGCUGUUAGUGGAGGGAGUGAAGAGAUUAUAGAUCAUUUUUAUGAACUUGUUCCUGACUUGGCCCUCGAUUUUCCUUUUGAGUUGGAUAAAUUUCAAAAGGAGGCUAUAUACUAUCUUGAAAAGGGGGAUUCUGUUUUUGUAGCAGCUCAUACAUCAGCCGGAAAAACAGUUGUUGCAGAAUAUGCAUUUGCUUUGGCAACAAAGCAUUGCACCCGGGCUGUGUACACUGCUCCAAUAAAGACUAUAAGCAACCAGAAAUACAGGGAUUUCUGUGGGAAAUUUGAUGUUGGUCUUCUUACUGGGGAUGUUAGCUUGAGGCCUGAGGCAUCUUGUCUUAUCAUGACAACUGAAAUAUUGAGGUCAAUGCUCUACAGAGGUGCUGAUAUUAUACGUGAUAUUGAAUGGGUUAUAUUUGAUGAAGUGCACUAUGUCAACGAUGUGGAAAGAGGUGUUGUCUGGGAAGAGGUUAUUAUCAUGCUCCCAAGACAUGUAAAUAUUGUUCUUCUUUCUGCCACGGUGCCAAACACAAUGGAAUUUGCUGAUUGGAUUGGUCGGACAAAGCAAAAGAAAAUCCGUGUUAUUUGGACCUCUAAAAGACCUGUUCCUUUGGAGCACUGCCUAUUCUAUUCCGGAGAACUGUACAAUAUAUGUGAGAAUGAAACCUUUGUACCUCAGGGAUUGAAAGCUGCUAAAGAUGCGUACAAGAAAAAAAACUCAAGUGCAGUUGGAGGUGGUUCUGGAACAUAUUUGGGGUCUGCAGCACCCCAUGGUGGAGCUCGAGUCCAGCAACGUGAAAAUCAUAGUCGUGGCAAACAACAAAAGCAUUCUGGAGCCCAUAGUGGAGGCAAUUUUUCAGGGUCUGGAGUGAACCAGAACAAUUGGGGGUCAAGAAGAUCGGAAGCUUCUCUGUGGCUGUUGCUUGUGAAUAAACUUUUAAAAAAGUCCCUUUUACCUGUGGUUAUUUUUUGUUUUUCAAAGAAUCGAUGUGAUAAAUCAGCAGAUAAUAUGACUGGAACAGACCUAACGAGUAGUUCUGAGAAAAGCGAAAUUCGUGUUUUUUGUGAUAAAGCAUUUUCACGCUUGAAGGGGUCUGACAGGAAUCUUCCUCAGGUUGUCAGAGUCCAAAAUCUUCUCCGUAGAGGAAUUGGCGUGCACCAUGCAGGGUUACUUCCAAUUGUUAAAGAAGUUGUUGAAAUGCUUUUCUGCCGUGGUGUGAUCAAGGUGCUAUUUUCAACAGAGACAUUUGCAAUGGGUGUUAAUGCCCCAGCAAGAACAGUUGUUUUUGACACUUUAAGGAAGUUUGAUGGCAAGGAAUUUAGACAAUUACUUCCUGGGGAAUACACUCAAAUGGCUGGCCGUGCUGGACGGAGAGGACUUGAUAAAAUUGGUACAGUAGUUAUAAUGUGUCGUGAUGAAAUCCCAGAGGAGAGGGACUUGAGACAUGUAACAGUGGGAAGUGCAACAAGGCUUGAAUCUCAAUUUCGGCUCACCUACACAAUGAUCCUGCAUCUCCUUCGUGUUGAAGAGUUGAAGGUGGAAGACAUGUUGAAGAGAAGCUUUGCUGAAUUCCAUGCUCAAAAGAAACUUCCAGAAAAGCAACGACUUCUUAUGGUGAAGCUUGCUCAGCCUACAAAAACCAUUGAUUGUAUAAAGGGUGAACCAGCAAUUGAGGAAUACUAUGAGAUGCUGACAGAAGCUGAUAAGCACAGAGAUCGUGUACUGGAUACUGUCAUGCAGUCUGCACAGCAAUUUCUUUUACCUGGCCGAGUUGUAGUCAUUAAAUCAGAAAUAGCCCAAGACCACUUACUUGGAGUAGUAUUGAAAGCACCAUUUGCUGCUGCUACUACUAAGCAGUACAUUGUUCUAGUAUUGAGACCUGAACUGCCAUCAUAUUCAGCUAGUGAUAAAUCACUAGAGAAAGAAAAUAGUAAUUCUCAACAAGGUUAUUAUAUUGCUCCCAAAUCAAAACGUGGUCUAGAUGAGGACUACUUUACAAUUGCUGGUUCUCGCAAAGGAUCAAGUACUACAAAUAUCAAUAUCAAAUUACCACACCAUGGUAGUGCAGCUGGUGUAAAUUAUGAGGUCAGAGGAGUUGAGCACAGAGAGUUCUUAAGCAUAUGCAACUGCAAAAUAAAAAUUGAUCAAUUUGGGCUUCUUGAAGCAGUCAGUAAUGCAGCAUACUCAAAAACAGUUCAGCAGCUAUUAGAUCUGAAAUCUAAUGGAAAUAAAUAUCCUCCAGCCCUGGAUCCAUUAAAAGAUCUGAAGCUGAAAGAUGUUGAUCUUGUGGAGUCGUACCACACAUGGAAUAGUUUGUUGCAAAGGAUGUCUGAAAGCAAGUGCCAUGGUUGCACAAAAUUGCAGGAGCACAUUAUCUUACUAAAAGAAAUAAAUAAACACAGAGAGGAAGUUAAUGCACUGAAGUACCAAAUGUCAGAUGAAGCACUUCAACAGAUGCCAGACUUUCAGGGCCGGAUUGAUGUACUGAAGGAAAUUGGCUGCAUAGAUGCUGAUCUUGUAGUUCAGAUCAAGGGACGUGUUGCAUGUGAAAUGAAUUCUGGGGAAGAGUUGAUUUGCACAGAGUGUUUGUUUGAGAACCAACUGGAUGAUCUGGAACCAGAAGAAGCUGUAGCUCUUAUGUCUGCCCUUGUAUUUCAACAGAAGAACACUUCUGAGCCUACUCUUACUUCCAAGCUAGCACAGGCAAAAAAGAGAUUAUAUAAUACUGCAAUAAGACUUGGAGAACUUCAAGCACAAUUCAAAUUGCCGAUAAGCCCUGAGGAGUAUGCACAAGAAAAUCUGAAGUUUGGCCUCGUUGAAGUGGUUUAUGAAUGGGCAAAGGGUACACCAUUUUCAGACAUAUGUGAGCUUACAGAUGUUCCUGAAGGCCUGAUUGUAAGGACCAUUGUACGACUGGAUGAGACGUGCCGCGAAUUCAGGAAUGCAGCAGCAAUCAUGGGUAAUUCUGCAUUGUACAAGAAAAUGGAAACAGCUUCUACUGCCAUCAAGCGUGACAUUGUUUUUGCAGCUAGUCUGUAUAUUACCGGGGUGUAAUGUGGUCUUCGUAGCUGCUUUGAAUAUUUUUGCCUCGAAGGCAAGAGCAGCACAAACACGUCUUGGAGUUUCCAAGGGAACAACCAAGAGCACCAAAAAAAUUGCGUAGAGGCCACAGCUUGAAGCUCCAAGACCAUGCUCGUAUUCUUAUGUACACCCAUAAAGCAAAAAAAGUACAAAGAGGACAAAAUAUGUUCUGGUUACUAAUGUCAAAAUUCAGGCUUGAUGGUGUCCACAAAGCCAUAGGCUGAAUGUUCCCUUGUAUAUUGAAAAUGUAAAGGAUUAAAUAGUUUUAACUGGAUCAAAGCUAAUCGCUAUUUUUUAAUGAUUGUGAGCGAAUUGAGGCAA